AUGACUGCUAAAGUGAACGGUGUCACGCCCAAUGAGCAGUCUUCUCUCGUCAAACCCCUCUACGGCAUCCCCAACGACCGCGGCGGCACAACCUGGCAAGACGAAUGCCCCUCCUACCUCCAACGACCCGUCGAACAACCCGGCUAUGCCAUAAUCACCCGCUACCAAGGAAAACGCAGCGAAGACAAAACAAACGACUUCAAACUCUACCUCUCUUCCAUCAGCAUCCAGAGUCCGUCGCUCAAACAGUUGAUCCGGGACGUCUUGGGGAAUUAUCCUGGCGAGAAUCUCGAUGCGGAGGAUUUGUCUUUCGAUUCGCCGUUUCAUCCGUUUUUCCAUCAGUGGGCGGGGUUACUUGCGGCGAAGGAUGCGGUGGAGAAAGGAAGGGAGAGGGAGGAAGUCGAGGCGCUGAUGGAGAUUUUGAGGGAGGAGUUUGAGGAGGCGUUAAGGGAUGCGAGGAAUCUCACUCGGAAUGGGAAUAUCACCUUCCGGCUGCUGUGGACGUUGUUUCCGCCGGGAUGUCCUGUGUUGGGGGAGGUGAAUGGGGUGAAGCAUUGCUUUCUGGUCGAAGGGUACAAGUAUCUCUGGGCGGAGCAACCGCCUGCGCUGUCGGUGGGGAUUUUGCAUUUGGAUUUUGAUGGGGAGAGGUGUGGGUGGCAGAAGACGUCGAGUUUCAUUCCGUCUUUUGCUGGGAGUACGAAGAUUGCCGGGUUGGCUGUUAAACCGUUGCAGUUCUGCGAAGGGGCGUUUGAUACGCUGGAUGCUUUGUCGAAGAGAGGUGAGGCUGCUGUGGAGUUGCUGAGGCAGGCGCCGGUCUACAGGCAGUACGAUGGGCGUGUGGCUCUGCACAUCAGUGGCGAUUAUGACUUUGAGCAGGUCGAAAAUUUUGUCGAGGAGAGGGUGAUGAUCGAGCCGAAGGUGCACUCGCAGCAGGCUAGUCGAUACAGUCCCAGAGUGUUCACGAUACCGCACAAGCUGGAAUUUUUGUUGUCGAGAGAUGCGGAGACGAACGUCGCGAAGUCGCGGACCAGUCAACAUGCUGUAGCCUUGCUGGACAAUCUCAAUGGCCAUCCUGUCCUGGGUAACAGAGAGGCGAAGCUACGCCGGCCCUCGUCCACUAUCGUCGAGCAGCCCUUGUUGAAGGCUCACUCGUGGACGGCAGACCUCCUUGGCAUUCGGCCUGAAGCAUUUUGCAGAUCCGUAGUCCGGGGAUAUCUUUUAGGAUCCAAGUCUUGGGCGGAGUUUGAGGUCGACAACAUUCUCCCAAUCGAUUGGAACGACAAAGCAUUCGACUCCCUCGUGAUCCCGCCAGCACGCAAGCGGCUUCUCGAAGCUCUUGUGAGACAGCAGAAGGGCCUCAAGAAGUCGAUGGAUGAUGUUGUUCGUGGCAAGGGACAAGGUCUGAUAAUGUUGUUGGCAGGUCCGCCAGGCACUGGCAAGACGCUGACAGCGGAGUCCAUCUCAGAUCACCUGCGGCUACCACUCUAUGCUAUCAGCGCUAGUGAGCUUGGAGACAACGCCGCAAAUAUCGAGCAGUCGUUUUCGCAGGUCCUCAGGCUUGCAGCUUCGUGGGAAGCCGUGUUGUUGCUGGACGAGGCGGAUGCGUUCCUGGAGAAGAGGGCGUCGCAGGAUACUCCAGGUGCCCGUGAGAGGAAUAAGCGGGUCGCUGCCUUUCUUCGUAUCCUGGAAUACUACCGCGGGAUCCUCAUUUUCACCACCAAUCGAGCCGUCAAUUUCGACGACGCAUUCUACUCGCGAAUACACCUUACGUUGACCUUCAAGCCACUCGACCAGACCUCCCGCGAAGAUAUCUGGAGGAACUUUCUACAUGGAUCGGAUGUUUCAGAAUCCGAUAUCUCGAAGUUCGCCUCAGAGCAGUUGAAUGGACGGCAGAUCAAGAACAUCGUGAAGAUGGCCAGGUUGUUGGCGGAGGAUAGUGAUGGAUCCACAGUCGGUGCUGAACAUGUCAGAGAUGUGCUCAGUGUGGCGAGAGAAGACUUUGAGAUUAGAUGA